AUGGCCUUUCCGCUGGAAGCGCAUGUGGGCAAUGGCCUCGCGGAGCCCGAAGAGGUCAUCAUGCGCCUUUCCGAUUGGCUCUCCUGUGAGGUCAUCGGAAGCUUUCUCCGACAGUUCCCAGCAAAGCAUCGAGUGGAGGCAGCUCGCUGUGCCUGUCGCAUUGGCGUCCACUGUCUGUGGGGUUGGACCACGAGUCAGAAGCAAUGGAGUUUGGAGGACCUCUUGGAGGUGACCGCUUCUAUCCACCCGUCUUUUGCCUCCAACGGCCGCGCCGUUUCACCCCGGCCGGGAGAGGGCACGCAGCGGCGCCCGGCAACUGCGGACCAAGUUCAAGCGCAGCCGUGGGCGGCCCCGCGAGUUCCGGAGUCCUCGCGCUCGGCGGAUGGAGCCGGCUCUUUCUACUCGUCGGAUGCUUCCGUGACCAUGCCGGCGUGGGCCACCAGCGCACCAACGCAAGCCGCGGUGCAGUCAGGUUGUCUGCUAAGGGCGGACACCGGAGGAGCGCAGGACUCUGCUGUCUGGACCAGGCAGGUGAUGAGUGGGAGUCGAGACGAAGAGCGGCCACGCUUGGAGCGGUUCGAUGGGUCGGACCCAGCAAGCUAUCGCAAAUGGCGACGACGAGCGGAGCUUAUGCUCCUGGCCUUGCCUUCUACGGUGAGCAAGGACCGAUGGGGCCCGAAGCUGUGUGAGUAUUUGACUGGCGAAGCCGAGGAAGCAUGCGAAGGAAUCACUGUGGCCAAGCUGACAGGCGACGAUGGCUACAAGCUGAUCUUCGAGGUACUGGAUUCCCGGUACGGCGACCUCGAGCAGGACGUCAUGCAGAAAUACCUGAGCGAGUUCUUCUUCAAGACGCAGAUCAAGGCUGGCGAGAGCUACAGGAACUUGACAAUUCGAGCAGACACUGCCUAUCGGAAUCUGCAAGAGGUGGGUGUUAAGCUUCCGGAUGAGGUCAGGGGCUGGUUCCUUCUUCGGAAACUGGCUUUGGACAGAAGCUCGGAGGCGAUGAUACUUACUGCCACUCAGGGGAGCCUCAAGUACGAUGUCAUCAACAAGGCGAUCAAGUCAGUGUUUCCUCAAGGCAAGUGCACCACGACAGCAACGAGGAUGAAGGACGUGUACUCUGCGGAGAUCAACGACGACGAGGGCGCCAAUGCUGAUGGUGGAGAAGAUGACGAGAAUGAGGUGUUCCAGGUUGUGGCGGACAGCUUCCAGAACCAAGAGCAGUACGAUGACGAAGAGGUGCUGGACGUUCUGGAGACCUAUCAGGAUAUCCGCCGAAAGUUGCAGCAGAAGAAGAUGGGGCGUGGAUACAAGCAGCCGUCAUCGUCCUGGAGUUUGACGGGAACAGUAAAGGGCCGGCUUGAGCAACUCAAGUCAAAGACGAAGUGCCACAUCUGCAAGCAGGUUGGACAUUGGAAGAAAGAAUGUCCACAGCGUCGCACCGGCGCUGCUACGAGUACAAAGCCACGGGCAAGCGAAGCCAAGGAGGCCAUGAUCACCGACAUGGGGUUCGCCACCGAGGAUGGGCCAGAGUGGUUCAUUCCGCCAGAGGAGGUUGAGAACUUAGAGGUUUUCCUGGUUGAGGGCGAGCAUGGCAACGUGGAUAUCGUAGUGGCAGGUCAAGGUGAGACAGAUUGCGCACAUGUGGAUGCCGUACUGGGGGGCCUUGAAACAGGGCUCGUUUCUCCCGGAGUUUUUGAUUUCGCACAGGAGGCGGCCGAGACAGCGGUUGAUGAGGUGCAUGCGAUGACGGAGCCAAUCAUGGACGAGGAGAUGGAGAUGAUGGCCGACGCCAACGGGGUGCCAUGGAGGUCCGAUCUAACAGUGACCCCGCUGAUGGAAGAGUUGAUGGCAGCUCUCAAGCCGGAGCUGACAAGUCCAGACAAGGAGGUCUCGACCAUUCCAGUGAAACUUCUGGACAGUCGCGAAGAUCACGAAGACGACGAGCCAAGCGUGCCAAUCAGCGGAACCGAGAUCUUGAGCAUCGGCAAGUAUGCGAAGGCCGGGCAGAUGAAAACGUUCUCGGAGAUCUACACGGAGGACAAAAACUAUGUGCAGUGGAUCCGCAAGUUUGUGACGACAAGCAAGCCGAACGCGAAGGGCCAAAGCUCAUCGUCACCCAUGAUGCGACUUCGGCUGUACAUUGCGUGCCGCGACCAGAUCAAGGAGAACCGGAUCAAGACCGACGUGCAGAUCAACAAGGAGACAGCGGUCGACUUCAACCCGCCCUACAUCGACCCAGUGAAGAUGUCGAGCAGCUCGGCGGCCAAGCCAAAGGCCAAAGCGGGCUACCAAGGCACGAUGAAGCGAGCCACCGCUUCCAACGAUGGCUCAGAGAACUGGGAGAAAGUGGAGGCGCCGGCAAAGGUCGACAAUCGCACGAUCAAGGCCAUGAAGCAGAAACUCCUGAACCAAAUGAUGGCCCUUCAGGCUCAGAUGGCAAGCCUGGAGGAGAUCGAGACCGAGGAGGGCUAG